AUGACGGACUGGCGCAAGUACAAGGUCGCUGACCUGAAGGAGGAGUGCAAGUCGCGUGAAAUCCCUACCACCGGGCUCAAAUUAAAACAGCAAUACAUCGACAAGCUCGAGGAGUACGAGGCGCAAGGCACUGAAGGAGCGACCGAGGAUGUCCGGGAACAAGAUGUUGAGAUGGCCGAUGGGGAGCCUGUGUCGCAUGUCAAUGGCGAGAACUCGCAGCCUCCCGAUACCAACCCCGAUAUAAACGAGGCCGAAAGUAAGAUGACAUUGAAGGAAGACGUCGGAGAACACGCAAAUCCAGAUCAGGAAGACACCACAGACACGGUCAUUCCGUCUGCGCUUCAGGAGGAAGACACCGGAGAAGGAAGAGCCUCGGAUCAAAAAGACUCAACAGACACGACCAUUCCGUCUGCGCUUCAGGAGGAAGACCGCCGCUCGGAAGAACAACCGGAGAAGGAGGAAGAACCUGCUCCCGAACUACCCACCCCGGCCGCCGAGCUAGGCGUAAAGGACGCGCUGUUUGUGCCGGAGCCUGAGAAUGUCACCGAGAGGUUGGAGCAGAAGAGGCUGCAAGAAACGGUAGAGGAGGAGCACGAUGAACAACAAGCUCCCGAUGAGGAUGUGCAGCAAAACCACGAAAAAUCCAUCACCACUGAUCAAGCCGUGUCAAGUCCCAAGCCUGCCGUAUCACCCACGGCGCAACCUUCGCAACUCCCAUCAGACUCGAGCACACCACUUACGUCCCAGAGACCCCUAAGCGACCUUGCAGAAGAUCAGAAAAAUAGAAAGAAACGCAGCGCAACCCCCAUUCCCUCAGCCGAGGAGGUCGCGCGCAAGAAAAUGAGACUGAGCGAAGAAGCCAAUGAAAGAAAAGCACAGGAAGCGUUGAAACAGAUGGAAGCAGCAACCGAACUUUCCAAAGAAAUCCGCAUGGAACUUACAGAUGUUGAUCUUCCCGCCGUCUCGGCUGAGCAAGUAGAUGCAACCCCCGCGCCUACUGAACCACCACCUCCAGCUUCACAAGGCAGUACCCUGGCUCCACCAGAGGCGCGGAAAAUGACACCACCGAGAUCGCCGUCUAGGUCGAGGAGUCCGUCAGAAGAGCGUGACGUUCCGCCAGCCAUCCAUCCUGCAACGUCCUCGUUAUACAUCAGCCGACUCAAGCGACCGAUUCAACCCCAGGCAUUCCGCAACCACAUCAUCUCGAAGACCAAAACCCGGUCGUCCGAUGACUCGGACCCCAUCACCGCAUUCUACCUGGACAACAUCAAGUCACAUGCAUUCAUCUCGUUCACCUCCGUCUCAGCUGCGUCUCGCGUACGCUCGGCAAUGCACGGAGUGAGGUUCCCCGAAGAGGGUUCACGAGAGCCGCUAUUCGUCGACUACGUCCCAGACGACAAGGUCCAGUCAUGGAUCGACCUAGAGACAGAAAGCGGCUUCGGGCGAGGCGGCAGCGCCGGUCGUCGCGUCUUCGAAGUCAUCUACGAAGACAGAGGAGACGGUAUAGAAGCCAUAUUCCAAGAAGUGGAUACCACGAAGCCGCGGCCCCCCUUAGAGCCGAGUCGUGGGUCACGCAUGUCCUUCGAAAGACCGCCGCCAGGCGUCGCCCAACCUCCCACAGGCGUCCAUCCCGACCGUGCGGCCCUUGUUCCACGGGAUGAUCGAGGCAGGGACCGUGAUCGCGAUCGCCCCCGAGCACCACCCACUGGACCCAAGCUCGCCAGUUCCGACCCCGGCAAGGGCUUCAAAGCGCUCGAUGAGCUCUUCGACUCCACUACUACCAAGCCGAAACUCUACUACAAGCCUGUGCCCCCUUCCGUUGCGGCCGACAGGCUCGGCAUGUUCCGUGGGCUACAUUCCCGGUACACGGAGCUGGGACGGACCGGUGAUGAAGGCAUGAAGCGGUAUUCCUUUGAGAACUCGAAAGACCGAGAAGAAUGGGUGGAUAAGGGUCCCGAGUUUGGGCACGGAAGGAGAGGACAAGAGAGGUUAGUCGGUGGUGACCGUGGAUUCAGAGGGAGAGGGCGCGGAGGUCCAUAUCGUGGAAGGCCUGUUGACUCGUGGCGAGGUGGCAUCGCACGGUGA